CAGGUCCACGAGGUCUAUAGGCUGCGCAACAUGUCGCUUCACGCGCGCUACAGCGGCUCGGUCAAGGCCGUUGCCGCACGACACGGUGGCGUGGAGCCGCUACAGCGGCUGCUGUUCCACGGGUGCGCCCACCCCGAGCCGUGCCGCACGAUUGCGGCGCAGGGCUUUGACCACCGCCUCCACGCGACGCACGGCCGGGUCUACGGGGAUGGGGUGUACCAAGCGCGCGACGUGGGCUACAGUCACAAUUACGCUCCCGCGGACAGCGGUUCGGGGUGGCACCACAUGUUCCUGAGCGCGGUGGCCGUUGGCUCGAGCUGCACGGGUCGGAAAUCUAUGAAGCGCCCGGAUCUGCGCGAGGGCUCGACCACGGUGCACCACGACACGGCCGUGGACGACGUGGACGACCCCUCGAUCUUCGUCGUCUUCGAGAGUGGCGCCACACAAGUGCUCCCACUGUACGUCGUGGCCUAC